CGUGUGUCUGCAUGCAGCCUCCGGAGCGCAGGGCGGGGCGACGCCGCGCAGCAGCAGCUUCAUCACCGCUGACCGACACCGACCUCCUGCUCGUCUCCAGGCCGCGGCAUGGACGCCGGAGCCCGGCCCGUUUUCUCUGAAUCACAGCGGGGUCCGGUUCGAGCUGCGGUCCGUGCGGAUGAUUAGAAUGAUGAUGAUGAUGAUGAUGAUAUAAUGAUGGUGGCGUGCAGUUAGAGCUGCGGAGCGGAAACAAACCGCAGACUGAAUCCGUGCGGCAGCGGGAGCAUCGCGGUCCGAUGCAGCAGAAAAAUCGCCAUUGUUUGGAUGCGCAGCAGACUGAGAGGAAAAAGCCCGACUUCACUGCAGCUGUUUGACUGACACACAUCAUGCUUCCCCCGCUGCUUCCCGCCGUCUAUCUGCUCUGCUUCGUCCAGAGCGUCGCAGCGUUCCAGGCGACUCUGAACGACGAAGGUUUGAUCGUGGCGACGCUGGAGCGUUCGGACCUGCAGGAAAACGUGACGGCGUACGCGGCUCAGAUCUCCGGAGAACCUCGGCUGAACGUGGUGCAGUUUGUGAACACCAGCGAGCCGCUGCUGUUCAACACUUCGUUUCACGGUCUGUGCUACAGCGUGGGUCUGAUGCUCAGACAGGGACAGUCCUGGUCCAGACCCAUCAAGACCGUCUCCGUCCUCACAAAGCCGUUGCCUCUUCAGAACGUUCAGAUAUCCGACUAUAAAGAGUCUCCAGAGACCGGCGUGGUGUUUGAAAUCGAGCCUCCAGCCGGUAACGUCUUCAGCAGAGUAAACAUCAGCUACACCGAAGGACAAGAGAGACGCUCGAUGCUUUAUAAAGAUUUCUACAAAGGGAAAACGGUGUUCAAGCACUGGUUACCGGGGAUGUGUUACCGUAACAUCACCUUCCAGCUGAUCUCAGAGGCCACCGUGUACCAGACCGCCAUGGUUACGCAGAGUGACAUCACACACACGCCGCUCCAUCACAGGACAGUGCCGUACCCCCCCCUCAACAUUUCCCGUAAGAUCGUGGACCUGAGCCAGAGGGCGGCGCCGGGCGAAGCCCCCAACAGCGUCCCUCCUGAGGGGAUCCAGGAGAGCCGGCACUCCUCCCGCCAAGCCCGGGACGUCCCACUGAUGGAGGAGGAGCAGGAGGAGGAGGAGGAGGAGAUUCACACUGAGGAGGGCGAGGAGAACAUGUCCGAGGAGGCGGCUGGAGAUGCCACUCAGGUUCCCUUCAACCUGACGGCCGCCGCCGCCGCCGCCAACAACACAACAGAGGCCGCCUCUCAGAGCGACUGGCUGGACCCGACCGAGGCGUCUCCUGCCGACAGGGAGGACGAGUUCGUCAACGCCGAGGUACCAGAGUACGAAGACUCCAAUGAGCCGGGCUCAGCCAUGGGCGUCCCCCCCGAAGCCUCCGUCCUGCCCACAAAGCUGCCCCCCAUCCUGCUGGAGCUGCGCUGGCUGCCGCCCAGACCCCCCACCAGCUACGACGGCUUCAACAUCUACAUCUACAGAGACGGUAACUCGACAGAAACGGCCACCGUGGAUGAAAACACUCACGAGUUCUUCACCGAGUUAACGGAGCCGGGAACGUACCGAGUGCAGGUCACCACGCUCAGCUCGUCUGGAGACUGUGAGGCCAGAGAGAGCGCCGCCGACACCGGCUUCACCUUCUACCUCAGUCCUGGCGGCGAGCUGUUGGAGGAGCUCCGGGAGCGUCCGCAGGCGGUUAGCAUCAGACUGCUGGACUCCAGCACCGCUGCCGUGUCCUGGGCUCCGUCCUCCGAGAGACACAACGGCAGCCUGGUGUCGGUCAUCUCUACAACCUGCUUCAAACCCAGCCUGAGCCAGAGGAUGGAGAACACUUACUGCAGUGAGGAAAACUCGACGAGUGACAUCAUCACUAACCUGACCCCCGGGGCUCAGUACAGAGUGGUGGUAUAUCACACCAACGGACCCCUCAUCAGCCCCCCGUCUGAACCCGUCAUCAUCGAUAUAGAGCCCACAGGUGUGCGUGAGCUGGGUGUUUACGCUCUGAGCCCGACAGCGGUGAUCCUGAGCUGGCAGCGUCCGUACCACGUUGCCUUCCGCAAGUACGUCCUCCAGACCUUCUUCUUCAACCCCGUCACCUAUGCCUCCGAGUGGACCACCUACUACGAGAUCGCCGCCACUGCCUCCGUCAUCGCAUCAGUGAGGGUGACGGAUCUGCUGCCGGCUUGGUAUUACAAUUUUCGCGUUUCCAUGGUGACGUGGGGCGACCCGCCGCUCAGCUGCUGCGACAGCUCCACUGUCAGCUUUGUAACAGCUCCUGAAGCUCCGCACAUCUCUUCGGUGGAUUACUCUCACGGCGUUCUGUACGUUCGGUGGACGUACGGCGAGUUGUUCAUCACCCUUUCUCACUCCAGGAUGCUGCACUGGCAGGUGGUGGCCGUCGGCAAGAAAGGCCCCAAGGAGAGCUACUCCAUCGAUGUGACUCGUAACGUGAUGCGGGCCAGCCUCCCUCUGCCUCCGGGUGACAUCUACAACCUGACGGUGACGGCGUGCACCGAGCGCAGCAGCAACACCUCCAUGCCGAACAUCAUCAAACUAGAGCCGGCUCCUCCCAGGUCUCUGUACGCCGUGAACGCCACUCACUCGUCUGUGACUCUGCUGUGGAGCGAGGAGGGAGUGGUGGACUACUACCAGGUCCUCUGUAAGCCCAACAAAGCCAGCAAGGAGUUCAAGGCUCGGGAGCCUCAGACGUCCAGCUCUCACGUGGUGACGAUUUCUGGUUUGGCGCCGUCGUCCACCUACAACUGCACCGUCACCAGCUUCAGCUACAGCACGCCCAGCAAGCCGGCGCACAUCACCAUCACCACCAUCGCUAAAGAGAUGAAUCCCAGCGUGGCGGCCAUCUCGGCUCUGGCCGUCCUCAGCAUCCUGCUGGUCAGCCUGCUGGUUCUGUUCCUGCUGGUUCUCCGGAAGAAACACCUUCAGAUGACCAGAGAGUGCGGCGCAGAGACUUUUGUCAAUUUUGCUUCGUUUGAACGAGACGGGAAGCUUCCUUACAACUGGCGAAGAAGCCUCUUUGCCUUCCUUACCCUACUGCCAUCCUGCCUUUGGACUGACUAUCUUUUGGCUUUUUAUAUUAAUCCUUGGAGCAAGACAGCUUUAAAGAAACGGAAGCUAACAAGUCCUGUGCAGCUGGACGACUUUGACGCCUACUUCAAAGAAAUGAGCAAAGACUCAGCCUACAAGUUCUCCCUGCAGUUUGAGGAACUGAAGAGUGUCGGACUUGAUCUUUCCCAUGAUGCAGCAGACCUGCCCGUCAACAGGCCGAAGAACCGAUACACCAACAUCCUCCCCUACGACUUCAGUCGAGUGAAACUGAUCUCGAUGCACAACGACGAAGGUUCAGACUACAUCAACGCCAACUACAUACCUGGCUACAAACAUCCUAAAGAGUACAUCGCCACGCAGGGCCCGCUGCCCGAGACCCGGAACGACUUCUGGAAGAUGGUGCUGCAGCAGAAAUCUCCCAUCGUCGUCAUGCUCACGCAGUGCAACGAGCGGCGGAGGGUGAAGUGUGAUCACUACUGGCCGUUCACAGACGAGCCUGUGAUGUAUGGAGAGAUCAGUGUGGAGAUGCUCUCUGAAAGCGAGUCACCAGAAUGGACCAUCAGGAAGUUCAGACUGGGAUAUGCAGAUGAGACUCAGGACAUCCUCCACCUGAACUACACCUCCUGGCCGGAUCACGGCGUCCCCACGGUCAACGCCAUCGAGAGCAUCCUGCAGUUCGUCCACAUCGUCCGUCAGCAGGCCAAAAGGACCAAAGACCCCAUCAUAGUGCACUGCAGCGCUGGAGUCGGCAGGACGGGGACCUUCAUCGCUCUGGACCGUCUGAUGCAGCACAUCAGAGAACACGAGUUCGCCGACAUCCUGGGCAUGGUGUCUGAAAUGCGUUCACACCGUCUGUCCAUGGUCCAGACUGAGGAGCAGUACGUUUUCAUCCAUCAGUGUGUCCUGCUGAUGUGGCAGAAGAAGAAGCAGCAGUCCAUCACUUCGGACGUCAUCUACGAGAACGCCAGCAAGACAUAAUGACGGCAGACUCCUCCAGACGCUGUGAACACACCCAACCUCCUGUGCUUCAGGCAUCCAUUCUCUGCAGAAGAAGAUCCGCUUCAUCAUCAGUAUCAAAAAAAAAACAGCAGAACAUCUCGACAACACAAGAGACAAAAAAAAAAAAAAUAAUAGUGAAAUCCAGUUUUUUGUUUGAAUUGGUGUAAGCAUGGGAUGGAGUUUUGCCUUAAGGAGCCUUCACUGACUGACCAACAUGUUCAACCACAAUCCUGCCCUCUGAACUGGACUGACUCACGUCAACGUGGAGUCGGAGGAGUCGGAGCAUUAACAAGCUCCGUCCAGUGAUUGGAUGUCUACACUGUGUCCGUCCACGUUCAGACAACGUGAGGCGACGAGUCAGUGGAACCGAGUCAGCAGUUUUUCCAUUUUAUUUAUGUUUUUUAAUCUCAGGAGUAGCUGAAAAACCAGCAAGCACACUGGCCUCUUCCUCCGCUUUGAAAGUCAUUUAGCAUUUGUUAGUUUUAGUUUUAGUUAAUUACGUGCAGCUUUCCUGGCUUCUUGCUAAGUGAGGACGGACAACGUUACACACUGCCACCUGACACGGGACAAUAACAUGUUAACUAUUACAGCCACCACCUGCGCUAACAUGCUGAUUAACUGCCAGGACUGCUGCACAGGUCAUAUUCACUGAAGGAACCCAGCAAGCAUUGGACGAAGGAUUAAGUUCUGGAUCCAAAAUGAGCACAAAAUUUUACAUUUUGGCAAGUUGAAGCUGAUUUUUAAACAAUUAGUGAAGUGUUUGCUUUUAAAAACAGCAACUAAGAAGCAUUAUUGUGCGUGGAGAUGCUCACCGUGCGUAAAUUUUUAUCAGUCGUUGAAUUGUUCAUUUGCCGAAGUAUCUCCACAUUUAUUCUUCUGUUUUAAUGUACAGAAAGCUAUAAAGCAGCUUCAGAAAGUGUUUGAUCGGUAAUAUAUUGCAGUCCUGAUUUUACUAAAUGCUGCUCGACACAGGCAGCGUCUAAAUUUUUUAUUCUGUCCGUCGAAUCAACCGUUAAACGUCUGAAUGUUUGCUGGGUCUGCACAAAAACUAAAGGGCACAAAAACAGUGGAAGGGAAAGAACGUCUUAACGUGGAAACAUGUCGGCCUCAUGCUGCCAUCCCGUCGCUGUACGGCGUGUUAGAGGCCAGUUUAGAUGCUAGAGACUGUGGUUGUAGAGAGGUAGUUUGUAUUUGCACUGAGGCCUCAGAGCUGCCUGACCUGCUGACAGAAGAAGGGAAGAGUUUCUGCUGCUGCUUUUGACUGUGGAGGACUGCUGUACAGCCAUGUUGCUCGAUAUUUGUCCUGUGAGCUGUGGGCUCUUUCUAACGAAGGAUGUGUCUCAGUCUGAAGAUGAACUUCAGACAACCGUAGAGGUUUUUACCCUCUGAGUUUUGUGAUCACAUUGGCGGCAACAAUCCUCCAGCAGAGAAAAGGAUCAUAUCUGACAGUAUCUGAAGACAGUUGAACUGCCAAAACCACUGAGAUAUUAUAUCAAGACCUGAUAUCAAGUUUCCCUUUAUGUUGCUCAUGUUGGGAAAUGACAGAAACAUAUCUGCUCAGCAUAUCUUCAGGGCUGGCUCGAGCCUUUUAGGGGCCCCGAGCACAACUUGAAUUUCAUUUUCCUACAGUCAAGGACAAUAAAACUACAAAUAUGACCUCAAAGCUUAACCUGGUUUAAUGGGUCAUUUCAUAAAAUAAACAAUAACAUUUUGUCUUAAGAUACAUUCACUGCAUUUUUUACAAAGCUCCCAAAUCUUAUUAUGGCCAAAAUUUUGUACAACACAUCUUAAAUUUAUGUUGUGCUCCCUAUGAUUUUUGUAUUCAAAACUGUUAUUAUCCCAAAAUGUGGUAUAGUGCCUCAAGAAGUUGUUAUGAAUCCAAAUUUACACUCCUGCAAUUUUGUUGCAAUCCAAAUUUUUCUAAAACGAUUGUAAAAUUUGGUAUGAUCACAAAAUUUUGUGUAACACUCAGUAAAUUCAUUCAUAAUUGAAAAAAAUUCCUAUAGCGCUUCAAACGCUAAAAUUUGGCACAUUCUUUUUACAGAUAAAAUCUGUAAUAGUCCAUCAAAAGUUAUGGCGUAAAUGUUGUAAUUUCCAAAUUUGGAGUACCCCCCCAAAAAAGAAAUUUGAUACCCCAAAAAAUUUUGUAUAUCACCAAAAAAAAAUUUUUUUUAGUAUCUUUUGCUCAUACAAGGAUUUUAAUGGCAGAAUUUAGUAUAGUGCCCUAAAAUAUUAUACAGCACUAAUAACAAACCGUUAAUAUCUCUCUCUUCUAUUUAUGUCACAAGUGAAAUUAGUAAUUCUUGUAUUAUCCCCCCAAAUUUUGCAUUAUUCCACUUAUAUUUGUUGGGAGGACAUUUUGGAAUUUGGAAAAGCUUUUGGGCAUUGUAAGAAAUUCAAUGAAUGUAGCAUUAAAUACUCACAAUUGUGACAAAAUUUCUGUUGUUCUGGGGCCCCCUGGUGGCUCUCUGAUCAUGGCUCGGGCCGACCGCAUAUCUGUCUUGAACACUCAACUUAUGUACAGAAAAUUGUUGUGAAGCCAUUUUCUGAAGCAUCGGUGUCUGUCUGCUAGUUAUCAGAUCAACUUAGUUACGAUCAUUUUGUUGUCAUUUACCAUCUUUCUACUGAACAUAUUGACUUGAAGGGCAAAAGAAAAAUCCAGAUUUCCCACUUCCUUGAUGACUGUAGAGAAUGUCUACUGAACAGAUUAGAGUGGUCGACCUCAUUCAACCCAAAGUUUUACACUCUAUUCAGGAUGUACAGGGUGUCGUCAAAAUGAACGCAGCACAAGGUUUGGCUAAGAGUUCAAAAUGAAUGGCUUUUCUUUUUGUUAAAGAUUUUUGUUAUUGUUAAAGGUCCAAUAAAAUAAAAAUUCUUAAAAUUUACUGCCAAAAAAGUUUUCUGUACAAAGUUUUUUGUUGCACAUUUAUCCUCAGCAAAUAAACCUGACUUUGCAGAGUGUAAAUACUACAAAACAAUUAUCAGCGUUUACUGUUGUCUUAUGAACUGCCUUACAAUAACUUUGCCAAGAUAAAACACAGUAUAACAUUUUUAAAAUUAAGAUGUAAUUUGGUCAUUUUCUGAUCUAAAAAGUAACCAAAUAAUAUGGAUUAAUCAGUAUUAUAACUGAAACCAAAUGCCUACAUGAAGCAAGAGACAAUACUGAUGUUAUUUUGCUCAUGCACAAUUAGUUCUACUGGAAAAAAAGGUAUAACCCCCAAUUACAAAAAAUUAACUAAAAGAAAAGCAGAUACUGACUGUUUGCAUUAUUUUGACCACACCUUGUGUCCAAUUUAUUAUAAUCAAUGAAUGUGCAUAAAAAGGCCUUUAGACACUUCAGUGUUGACUUUUUUUUUCCAUUGUGGCCUUGUGGUUCAAACUGAUUCCCUGAAAUGCUAACAGUUAAAAACAAUUUUCAAUGUCAAAAUUGGAUAGUGUCCCCAAACUUUGUAAAAUUUUGUAGAAUAUUUGUUUUAAUGUAAAAAAAGAAAAAUAAAAAAAAAUAGGUGUUUCCAAAAUGUAUUACCCCCAAAUUUUGUAUAGACCUAAAUUUUUUUCUAAUAUUAUAAAAGAAAUUGGUAUAGCUCCCUAAAUGCUAAAAUGUGAUUAAAGGAAAAGCCUAUACUGACUGUUGUUUGCAUUAUUUUGACCACACCUUGCAUCCAAUUUGUAAAAAAUUUGAAGAAAUCAAUGAAUGUGUGUAAAAAGGCCGCUAGACUCGUCAGUGUUGACUUGUAAAAUGAUUCGUCAUUGUGGCCUUGUGGUUCAAACUGAUUCAACACCUGAAGUCUUUACCUGUUUGCUGUCUCAGAUCCGCAGAGGUUCGGCACUUUGGUUCGGUCGCCACUCGAUCUGAAAUAAGUUACAUUUCACUAUUAGAUAUCAAAUGUACUGUACAUACUACUACUGCUUAACUAUUCUGUUUCUACUUGUCAUUACGAAGUAAUUCUUGUGAGAUGACUUUGUUGCUUUAGAGGUUUGUUUUUUAAAAGUUGUUGUAUAUGUGAAUCAUUACCUGAGCCAGAAGCCAAGUUCUCUCAUCACUACGACGGUUCGUUUUUUUGGGGCUUCGGAGUCGCCGUGGAAAGCUGGAUGUUUGGAAACUCAGCUGUUUCAAAAGAGUCAUGUGGACACGGAGAACUCGUCUGUGGCCAGUCAAACGCACUUUGGUACGACUGUCAAAAAAAAAUAAAAUAAAAAAAUAAAAACUGACAGACAACCUGCAGACAAUUUUCAAAAGCUCAGCACUGUACACUCUUCUACAAUUCUUUCUCUUGCUUAGUGUGUGUCCAGUCAAACUUGUACGUCAUUGGUGCCAUUCUUGUGCAUUGUGUCACUUAAAAUUUGAGGGAUGAUCUCAACCCAGAUCAUUGUCACAGAGUUUUAAUGUGUGUGUGCGUGUUGGAACAAAAUAAAAUGUUGCAGUUACA